AUGGGUCGGCUCGACCGGAGUGAUACCACGGCCUCACAGAAGACUGACCUGAAACAACCACAGCGUUGUGUUUCGCCGUAAGCGGCAUGGCAUGAGCGGUGGGGUGGGCGCGACAUGCGGCGCGCGCCGCCCGCGCAACCCGCUGCCGUCGCACUCGCGCUCUCGUUGCUGUUGCGUCUUGUGAACGCCGGAUCAAUGGGCCCCGGAGUGCCUGAGAACAUUACCGUGACGUUUCUGAACCCCACCACGGUGAGGGUUUCCUGGUCCACCACGGCAGACCUCGUGGAGAAAUAUGACGUCACAUACAAGCCUUCCGACGCGAGCUUGUUACUAGACUACAACGAAAUUGACUCAUCGUCUAUUAGUUACAGAGUCGUGCUGGAAGUGGCUGGUAACUCAGACGCAGUAAUACUGAGCGGAUUGGAGGCAGAUACGCAGUAUCAAGUUACUGUCGCCGCGCUUUGGGGCGGUCAUAAGUACAGGAGUAGACCUAUUGUCUUCCGCACGCUGGCGAAAUCUAUCGCACAACAUGCAACAGCACCAUUCACGUUCAAGAUCUUACAUCGCGGUAUAAAAGUUCUCGACGCGAUUAGAACAGAUACAAAAAUCCCGUCAACAACUGUCUCGCAGUAG